AUGUCUUGGGACGACGGAUCACACGUGAAGGUGAAGAGAGUGCAGCUUACUUACGACGAUGACGCCAUCAACUCAAUCCAGGUCACGUACGACGGAACCCUUCAAUCCCAGCUUCGAGGCUCCGUUGGGUCCAAAUCUGCCGAGUACAUAACGUCUCUCACUGCUUACCGACGAACACUGACGGUUAUAACGGCCUUGACUUUCACGACGAACAAGAGCAGUUAUGGACCGUACGGAAACAAAUCCGAAAUCACGGCGAUCUCUGUCUUUGGGGAGACCGGUGGCACAAGAGAGACUGAAUGGGACGACGGGUCAGACCACGACGGCGUGACCAAGAUCUACGUAAGAUCCGAUGCGACUGGCAUUCAGUUGGUCAAGUUCGACUAUGUGAAAGACGGAAAACCAAAACUAGGAGCUCUCCAUGGCGUGCAUGGUAAUAGUAGAGGUUCAACGCGAGAGUUUGCAAUUAACCAUCCCGAAGAGUAUCUGGUUUCCGUCGAGGGUUGGUGUGACUCAUCCACUGUCAUUAUGGGUAUCCAGUUCAAAACCAACCACAAGACUUAUGAACACAUGGGAUAUGACUUUCAUGGUGAUGAUACUAAGUUUGAUCUCCAAGUUCAAGACAAGAAAAUCAUUGGGUUUCACGGUUUCGCGACCAACCGUCUCACCUCCAUUGGAGCUUAUUUCGUUCCAUUAGCCUCCACCGCUCCUUCAGUCCCUCCAUCACCAAUAGCGAAGAAGCUACAAGGCGAAGGUGAGGAUGGAGGGACUCCAUGGGAUGAUGGUGCUUUUGACGGUGUGAGAAAAGUGCAUGUUGGACAAUUCGACAUCGGUAUAGCAGCGGUCAAGUUUGUGUAUGAUAAAGAUGCUGCUGAGAUCGUUGGAGAUGAACAUGGCAAACGUACUUUGGCGGGAAACGAUGUGUUUGUGCUUGACUAUCCAAGUGAAUACAUCAUAGAAGUAAAAGGCACCUACGAGAAGGUCAUUGGUAGUAAGGCCAUGGUGAUAAGUAUGCUUAAAUUCACGACUAAUAAGAAUCGAACAUCUGAGCAGUUUGGCAUUGAAUCUGGCAAAGCCUUCACACUCGGAGAGAAAGACCACAAAAUCGUUGGCUUCCAUGGAAGCGCUGAAAAACUCCUCCACAAACUCGGGGUCUAUGUCCUUCCCAUCACCAAAUGA